UUCAAACCGUCGGAGUCGUUACUUCGAGAGGUGAAUCCUGCUUGGCGUGACACCGAAAGUCCGUUUGAGGCUCGCUUCUCGAAGGGAGAGACGCAGAUACGUGUUCAGCGUCGCAGAAAUAUCGUCUUCCUACUGCGUGCGAUUAACGAUGGCGACGAAAAGUCGGGCCACAGUAAAGAUUGCUGUGAAUCAAGAAAAUGUCAAAAAUAUCAAGCCUUCGGUGACAAUUUUGCCAGGGAAAACAAAAAGACCAGUAUUACGUGAAAUAAGUAAUAAAGUCAAUACUUUAAGAGGCAUAGAGCCUGUAGAUAGGACUAGUUUAUUGCAAAAGGAUAAGAAGGCGACAGUAGCUGUGCAAAAGCGGCAACCUAUAAAACCAAAAGAGAAAAUAACAGAGAAACCACCCGUCCAAGUUGUGAAGCCGGUUAUCAAGAGUACAGUCCAACCGAACGAAACCAAUGUACCCUCUGAAGAUCCCACAUCGAUGAACAUUUCUGAUAAAAAAAUAGAAACACCCAAAGCAUUUUCAUCUGAUCUGAUCUAUGAGGAUAUUGAUGAACAGGAUGAGAAAAAUCCCAUCCUUGUCGCUCUUUAUACCAAUGAAAUACAUGAAUAUCUGAAAGAAUUGGAAAGCAAAUAUCCUAUUAAAAAAGGAUUUUUAACAGGACAAGAAGUUACUGCUAAAAUGAGGAGUGUACUGGUAGACUGGUUAGUUGAAGUACACCAACAAUUUCGACUGAUGCAAGAGACAUUGUAUCUCACGGUCGCAAUUAUCGAUCGUUUCUUACAGAGUUACCGAACGAUAGACAGGAAAAGAUUGCAGCUAGUAGGUGUGACAGCAAUGUUUAUCGCUAGUAAAUACGAAGAGAUGUACUCUCCGGAUAUAAGCGACUUCGUAUAUAUAACGGAUCAGGCGUAUACGAAGUCCGAUAUAUUACAGAUGGAGAUGGUCAUCGUGAAAACUCUGAAUUUCUCGUUCGGCCGACCACUGCCGUUGCAUUUCCUCCGAAGAUAUAGCAAAGCCGGAAAAGCACUUCCUGUGCAUCACACAAUGGCCAAAUAUUUCCUGGAGCAAAGCAUGGUUCACUAUGAUAUGUGCCAUUAUCAACCUAGUCUCAUCGCUGCAGCAGCAAUAUAUUUAGCGUUUCUAAUCAUCGGCAAUGAUGAGGAGGAUGAAGGUAAAGUUAUCUGGACAAAUACUUUAGUGCACUAUACCACGUAUUCUAAGGACGAAGUGUUACCUGUCGUACGUGAUAUAGCUGUUAUCAUAACUAACGCAGAAAAAAGCAAACAUCAAGCUGUAAGGAAGAAGUACGUCCACUCGAAAUACAUGGAGAUCAGCGUUCGGCCAGAACUCAAAUCACCAACUCUUUUGGCCGUCGCACAAGCGAGCAAGGAGACAUAAUGCUAUCGUAUAACGUUCGUUUGUGACAUUAAAAUACAUAUAUUUUUUUUCUCAAUAAGGUAUUUGUCUGUUGAAUGUCAUAAAAAUCAAUGAAUCCAACUAUGAAUGUUGGUAUAAUACACGAGGAUUGCACCUUGCGAAAGUUCAGAUAAAGUAAACUUUAUCACAAAGUGAUGAAUGUCGUGUCGAUUAGACAUUUAAUUACGAAUUACUUAUUGAAGAGCACCUCCAUUGCGAACUAGAGACGAGUUUAGAGACGUAUUUAGAGAGUAUACACAGAGGUUUGUUAGUGUAAACAUUAAAAAAUUUAGUCAGGUAAUACUGAUGGACUUUAUUUUGGACUGCCGUAGUGGAACUAGGUAUAGCAGAAACCACAAAAUGUAUUUUAUAGAAUAUUGAAUAACUUUUAGUUUUUAUUCCUAGCUGAUUAUAAAAAUAUUUUGAUUUUGAUACGAGUCCUACAACGAUGCUUUUGAUGUUGCCAUAUGAAAAUAUGAGAGUAUUCCAGACGUAUACUUCACUUUUUGUGCUUUUAUAUAUAUAUAUAUCAUAUUUUCUCAAAUAUAGUCCAUCUUUAAUCGGCAUGAGAAUUCAUUGUUACUUUCGUCUGCACUUGUAGUUGUGAAAUGCAAAUUGU